UAUCAAAAAUAAAAUAUUAUGCCAACUCACGGGUCUGUCAUUAACAUAUUUUAAAUAAGUCAGUUAACUUGAAUUUCAUUUUAGUAAUUGCCGAGAACAAAUUCUAUCGUUCGUACAAUUGCGGAACACCGGGAUAAAUAAGACAAUAAUGUGAUAAUAUGAAAGUGACCCGAGGGCGACUGUGUGCGCGGAAUAAAGUAUAGCCUGUCGUCCCAAAUCACGCGAAAUAUUAUUUACGUACGAUAUUCUGCUGGGUCAACAACAUUAGUCGUCCGACUUCCGAACCGGUCAAUUAUUAUUGUUUUUGCGAUCGGGGGGGCAGUAGAAACAGCAGCAGCAGGAGACACGCGAGGCGAUGCUAGUGGCAGUCCUCUGUUAUCAGCCGUACGUACAUAGUCAACAGACCGAGCACUUUCAGAGAACAUCGCGCUCAGGGACAAUUAUUUACAAACUUUUUGGCGAAUUCGAAAUCACGUGUAAUCAUAAUGAUUGUACCACUCACCGAUGCUCAGCUGAAAGCGAUUCAAAACUCUUGUCCAAGAUCAAAGGCCGAGAUAGAUCAGGAUUUAUCCAUCGUCAGACACUGGUUGGAUAAGCAGCCGCAUCUGCCCAAAACAAGUGAUGAAUUCAUAAAAAAAGUUUUGUUUAGCUUAAAAUACCGCACGGACAAAGUCAAACUCGUGAUUGAUAAUUACUAUACAGUUAAAGAAGUAUUUCCUCAAAUUUAUGGAGAUCUAGAUCCAACAACAGACACAUUUCGAAAACACGUGGAAGCAGUUCACAUGUUUCCACUGCCCAAACUCACCCCGGACUUCUACAGAGUGCUUUGUUACCGGAUGGCGACAACAGAUGCGAAAGCUUUUUUUCCUGAUAGUCAAUUGAAACGCAACGAAUUAAUGUGGAAUUGGUUGUUUGAUGAAGACACAUUGACGUUAGGGGAUGUUUGGAUAUUUGAUCUAACGAAUAUGGAUACGAUGGCUCAAUGGGCUCAUUUCAAUCUCAGUUUUAUGAAAAAAAUUCUCAAAAUAAAUAUGGAAGCGAAACCAGUGAGGAUCAAGCGAGUUCAUUUUGUAAACAUAGCGCCAAUAGCCGAAACCUCACUUAAUUUUAUCAAACACUUUUUCCCACAAAAAUAUAAGAACAGAAUCUUAUUUAACUCGACUUUCGAAAGUUUGCAAGACCAAUACCCAAUUGAUAUGUUUCCAAACGAAUGGGGUGGUAAAGCUGGAAGUAUGGCUGAACUGAGUCAACGAAUGCACGAAGAACUCAUAAAACGUAGAACUUGGUGCGUGACAAUGGAAGAGUUGAAAGCCGAUUCUAGUAAACGGAUUGGUCAAUCUAAGACCGCGGAUCUGUCGAUAUUGGGCGUCGAAGGAAACUUCAAGAAACUAUGUUUCGAUUAAACGUAUCGAGUCGAAGACAAACAAAUGAUUUUACCUAUAUACAGUGUGCAUUAUGAUGUUGUUAAAAAAUUUAAUUUUAAUUGUGUGAUUAUUUUUUGUACAAUGACGCAAUUAGAUGCGAUAUUAUGGUUUAUGGUUAGAGAAUCAGUGAUCUGUAAUUCGAAAAAAUCUCUCUGUACUUACUUAAAGAUAAGGUAUAAUAUUAUAUAAUGUGAUCAAUCUAAUUUCUCCUCCCUUGUAUCAUAGAUUGAACUAUACUAUUGUACCUAA